GUCAGUCAGUCGGUCGGUAUCUCGACGAGGAUCCCAUACACUCUUUCGACAAAUUUUUUCUCAGCUUCUCGUAGCCCAAACAAUGGACACAGUCUUUCACACACGUUCCCUCGGCGCCGCAGCCGAGGGUGUAAAGGACCAAUACGCCGACGGCAUAGCUGCCAAGGUCUGGGAAGUUUUCAUCGGCGACAAGAAGCAGCGCAAGCAAAACUACAGGGACUUCCUCGUCGGUCUCUUGCGGGAUAAGGGCUGCAAACGUGUCCUGGACGUCGCCUGCGGUACAGGUGUCGACUCGACGAUGCUCCUAGAAGAGGGAUUCGAGGUAGUCAGUGUUGACGCUUCCGACAAGAUGUUGAAGUAUGCGUUGAAGACGAGGUGGGAGAAGAGGAAGGAAAAGGCUUUCGAUAAUUGGAUAAUCGAGGAGGCAAAUUGGCUAACGCUGCCCAAUGACAUCAGCCAUUUGAUCGGCGAAGGAUUCGAUGCUGUGAUUUGCCUUGGCAACAGCUUCGCCCACAUGUUGGACUCCUUCGGUGACCAGAGAGAACAGAAGCAAGCGCUUUCGAAUUUCGAGCGAUGUGUGAAACCAGGUGGUCUCCUGCUCAUCGACCACAGGAAUUACGAUUACGUCAUCAGAACCGGACAGACUCCUACGCACUGCAUAUACUACAACAGCAAGCACACGCAGUCCAUCAACACAUCCGUCCUGUACACGAACGGUGUACCAGCCCUCGUUACCCUGGAAUACCGGAUCAGCCUUAACGGCUUCGCCAAAGGCGAAGAUAAAGACGAGCAACAAGUCAGUCAAUUUCGUCUCUCGUACCAUCCCCAUGUACUGAAGGUCUUCUCCGUACUUUUGGACGAGGCUUUCCACGGCCAGGCCAAACACACGAUUUACGGCGACUUCAAGCCACUAGACGAGAUCGUCGAUCCUGGAUUCUAUAUCCACGUGUUGGAGAAGAUCGAGUGAUGAUCCUUCAGUGGCUGUGAAUUGAGAGAUGAAGCGCUGAUUUGGCGCGAAACGUCGACUGAUUUUAUAUUGUACUUUAUUAAUAAUUAAUAAUUAUAAUUGAGAUGAUUUUGAAGAGUUGUGGUUUUGAAAAUUUUUUACAUUUGAAAAGAAUACAUUUUUUCAUGAAUAAUAUGAAUAUGAUUUCAUCCAUCCAAUCGAAAUUUUGAACAUCCUGAAAGUUUACUUUUACCUCGAAAUUAAUAAAUUUUGUAUUAACUGG